UGAGACUUACGGAGUGAUCGCCAACAUGGAAGUCGGAGUAGCAAGAAACAGUCGGAAUCAGAAGACACUAAUGACAAGACUGUUAAUAUUUUCAUGUGUCUUUUAUAUGGCGUCAGGAAGAAUACACAAAUUAAGCCUUAAGAAUGAUGAUAGAGGAGUUGUAAGGCUAAGUACAUUUGGAUUUUUAAAAGAGGGAGCUCUACAAGUUAACAUCACCCAGUUUAGAUAUAAUUUAAAUGGAGUAAAUAUGACAGACAAUGGGAAAAUGGUGGAUGCAAUGUUUGGCUUUACUCUAGAUAAAAGUGAUAGCAGUGGAAUUGCUUCCUAUUUGGAGGAUAAUCAAGGGAAGAACUGUAUACUCUCUUUAAACAACCCAGCCAGCAUAUUCAAAGAGAAGACCAUGUCCAUCAUCUUUUUCAGGAUAAAAUUUUCUAGCAAGCAAAUGGAAAUUCAGAAAUAUGGAAAAGAUAUUAAAAAGCUGGAAGUCUCUGAAAAGGCUCGUAUGAAAACUGGAAGACAAACUAUAACUAAAGGAAACACAGGUAAAGUUUUCAGUGACACUUCAAUGAUGCGCAAGCCACCACCGUCAAAAUUCACUCCACCACCCCCAAAAGGUGUACAAGUUUCUGUGACAAAGUCUGACCAGAAGAGGAGUCGUCAGCGUAGAGAAGGAGAACCUUCCCCUAAAGUAGUACCACCUCAAACUACCACUCGUAAACCAGAUCCCCUGCACCCAGAACCAAUUCCUAUUCGAGGGAAUCUUAAAAAUGGACACUCUGUAUUUUUUGGAAUCAAUGUAAAAUCUGACCAAGAGGAAGGACUGUACAAUCUCUACUUUCACAAUUGCUUUCAGUAUGAAAAAGGUGUCCAUGCAACUUUUGAAAUGCAGAUUGAUAUAGAGGAGACGAAUGAUGGAAACUACUUGUCUGCAGGGGAAAUUCCUAUCCCUGCCCUCUUCUUUGUCCUGUCUGCCUUGUUUUUCAUCGCUGGCAUUGUAUGGAUGGUGAUUCUACGUCGUGUUAAGGAUGAUGUGUACACGAUGCAUUAUUUAAUGUUUGCUGUGGUAAUGGUGAAGGCACUCUCAAAUCUCUUUAAUGCUGUCAACAUGCACUUUAUUGCAGUGGAAGGCAUGCACGAGGAAGCUUGGGCUGUAUUAUACUACAUUGUAUACCUAUCUCGAGGAGCUUUAUUGUUUGUCACUAUUUUACUGAUUGGUACAGGAUGGACUUUUGUAAAACAUGUCUUUUCAGACAAAGAAAAGAAACUGUUUCUGAUUGUUAUCCCUUUACAGAUUCUGGACAACAUUGCCUACAUUAUUAUUGAGGAAAGUGAGGAGGGCCAGUCUGAGUAUGCUAUAUGGCAAGAGAUCUUUAUUUUGGUGGAUCUACUCUGUUGUGGAGCCAUUCUCUUCCCUGUUGUAUGGUCAAUGAGACAUUUACGACAGUCCACAAGAACAGAUGGAAAAGCUGCACUUAGUUUACAAAAACUAGCCCUCUUCAGGCAUUUCUAUAUCAUGAUUGUGUGUUAUAUCUACUUUACAAGAUUUAUAGUUUACCUAGUAAAGAUAACUGUGCCCUUCCAAUACGAGUGGCUAGAUGAACUCUUUAAGGAACUUGCCACAUUAGUGUUCUUCAUCAUCACUGGAUACAAAUUCCAGCCUGCUCCAGAUAAUCCAUACCUCCAGGUGCCUACAGAGGAGGAAGAUGAAGAGGUAGAGAUGGAUGAGGUAAUUACCAAAUCAGGUGCCAUGGAAACAAUCACUCAUGUCAACAAGGGGUCAUCUAGUGGAGGCCUGAAACAAAGGGAAAGCAGUCAUGAGUAUGAUUGAAAAAUACUGAGGAA